AUGAAAUUCUUUGUAUCUGCUUUAUUAUUUGUUCUCGCUGCUUUGGCAGUUGUCCAUGCUGACGAUUAUAACUGUCAACAAAUGCAACAAUUGACCAGUCAAUAUUUCCCAUCUGGAACACAAACCAAUUUUAUCUGUAUUGCCUACUUUGAAUCUUCAUGGAAUACCGAUGCUCAAAAUCCAUCAGGUGCCUCUGGUCUCUGGCAAAUCUUACCAGAGCACUGUGGUGAAUUGUGUCCACAAUGUACUACUCCAUCCGAUCUUUUCAACCCAACUAUCAACGCUCAAUGUGCUGUAGCCGUUUACAACGCUCAAGGUUACAAUGCUUGGACCACCUGGUCAAACGGUGACUGCAGUGGUUGGAGCAAGUGCGGUAGCUCAUCGUCAUCCGGUGGUGCCUCAUCCGGUGGUUCCACAUCCUCUGGUCAAUCAUCCGGUGGUGCCUCAUCCGGUCAAUCAUCCGGUCAAUCAUCCGGUGGUUCAUCCUCUGGUCAAUCCUCUGGUCAAUCCUCUGGUGGUUCAGGUAGCAGUGGAUCAACAUCCUCUGGUUCAGGAAGCGGUGGUUCAUCAUCAUCAUCAUCUUCUGGUGGUUCAGGAUCAUCAGCAUCAUCUGGAAGUGGAUCAUCAUCCUCCUCUGGUAGCGGAUCAUCAGCAUCCUCUGGAUCAUCAUCAGGUAGCGGAUCAUCAGCAUCAUCUGGAUCAUCAUCAGGUAGUGGAUCAUCCUCUGGUUCUGCCUCCUCAGGAUCUGGUAGUGGAUCAGGAAGUGGUACCACCAACUAA